AGUCGACGGAACCGGACGUGCGUCGGAAAACAAUUCGUGAAAAUAAUUCGAGAAGUAAACGCGACGUGCGUAAAAAUCUGUGGAAACUUCUCCUGGGAGGGGGUUACAUUUCGCAUUUUCCCAGAAAAAUAACUGUUUGCAAUUGGUGUCCCGAAAGUCCUUUUGUCGCAGAAGUUGCAACAUCCCAGACAUGUUAAAUACCCGCAACCAACACGAAAGACAACAAGGCAAACAUAAUUAAUUGCACUGACGCUGCCGCAAAGUGUGGCGCGUGAGAAGAGCACGUGUGUGUUCGAAUCGUGUUCGCUUAAAUACAAAAAAAACCGAAAAAAGAAAUAAAUAAAAAUCAAAAUUAAUUGCGUUUCAAGUAUUUUUAAAUACGCAUCUCGGGGGCCGUGUCAAUCGGCUGGAUUAUCUGCGGUUUUAUUGGCCUGGCCAGCAGUAUUAAAAACAACCAGAAAAGUAUAUGAAAAAAAAAAGUAUAAAAUAAUAUUGAAAACAAGCCGACUGUUAGUGGUAGUGAGUGUGUCCUGGGUUUCGGUCCUUGGUCGCUUGUUGUGCGCGCAAUUUCCGGCUUCCGUUUCCGGCAAAGCGACGUCCGUGUCCGGCCGACUAGGCGCAGCCUUAAUUUGCCAACGCGGAGAGUAAUCACAGUUCACAGAAACCGAAACGAGAACGAGAACGAGUUUUUUUCGGGCUCACCCCAAAAGAAAAACAAGACAGCGCCAAAGUGCUGGAAUUUCCGUCUCAAAGAGUUCUAAGCCAAUAUGAACCGUUAAUCCCCCGACAAAAAGUUCGCCAUAAUACCAUACCUACUUAGGAAAAUAUUUUUAAUUGAAAAUCCCCUUUGAGAAAAGUAAUGCCUGAUUAUCAGCAACAGUAAGCAGGACCUCCACUCAAAGCACCCAAAAGCCCCGAAAAACCAACAAAAAAAAGUAAAUAAAAGUACCCAUGUGCCAAUCUGAAAGCUGAGCGGUUUCGGAAGGAAUAUUGCCGCACAGGAAAAUCCAAAUACCAACGAAUUUCUGGACAAGUGAUGAAGUCAUGAGACCGACAUUCGAUCGACGCCUCUGGAUAUUAUUGUUCAUUAUUUCAGUACAAUGUACCACCUACACGCAACCACAGAAUAUCAAUCCAGCCAAGUCAGUGCAAAGAACGAAGCCCGCCGACAGUCGAGAAGCCAUCAGCAGCCCACACAGCGGCAGCAGCAGAUGGCUGAGCAUAUCACCAGAGUCCCUGGAGGAGCCAGUUGACCAGCGCGGUAAGCCGGCCAUCAAGUGCACCAAGAACUGCCAGAAGGCCAAGGCCAAGUGGGCAAAGUGGCGGACGCAGUUGAAGCCCCACCACCAGGCCCAACGGGCGGUCAAGCGGCGUCAGCGACGGGAGACCGAGGAGGAUUCCGACCUGGAGUCCAGUUCCACCAGCACCUCCACGGUAGCGGCGGCUGUCUUCAGUACAGUCCAGGCCACCAGUUCCAGUAGUCCGGCCACCCGGAGCUUCCAUGUCAACGAGACCAAGGCGAAGCGACCCCGGUCGACGGUCCACUUGGCACCCGAGGACUUGCAGCCGAAGGCCAAGGAGCCGGUGAUCAUCAUCGACGACGUGGAGGAGUUCGACAGCGGGACCAGUACCCGGGAUCUCUUCAGCCGCAAGAGCCGCGAGGAUGCGGAUGGUGAGGAGGACGAGGACGAGGGACCGCUGGAGCCGCGGGUCCUGCCACUGCGGCCCGUGCCCCCCAAUCCCUACGAGGCGGAGGAAAUGUCGGUGGUCUAUGCGGAGCAGCACUCGGAAAUCAAGCUGAUGUGUGAGGUGGACCUGGACAUUGCCACCAGCAUGUGGUACAAGAACGGCCAGGUGGUGCACGCCAUGGACCGCACCACCCGGGUCACCGACUAUCGCUUCAUCAAGGAGGCUAAUGGCGCGCUAACCAUCACCAACGUCAUGCUGGAGGACGACGGCAAGUGGCAGUGCGAGGCGGAGAACACGCGCCGCUACACGGAGAAUGCCCGGCCCGUUAAGCUGGUCGUCCUGGAUCGCCCUAAGCCACCGUACCUUUUAAUCGACGGCCGACGCCUGGAUGCCAGCAACCUCUUCGUGCCCGUGAAGGAGAACUCCGAGCUGAACCUGGCGUGUGUCAGCGAGGGCGGCAAUCCUCGGCCCACCCUCACUUGGGAGGUGCUGCUCAGCCCCGGCGUGGACCGGCACGCCCAAAAGGUGUCCGCCGAGGUGCUCGAGCUGGAGGAGAUCAAGGGCGAAAAGGAUAAAAACGGCUACAAAAUCAACAGCGGCUCGAAGAGCGAAGCCCGACUGCCGGCCGUCUACAGGGCCCACCACAACGCCCGGAUUCUGUGCGUCAUGGAGCAUCCCACGCUGAAGAUACGACAGAACGCCUCCCUUCUCCUAGAUGUGCAAUACACGCCCUCCUUCGCCAUAUCCCGCACACCUGGCUUUGGUUAUCCGCUCCGCGAGGGCAUCGAAGUUAGCCUCAAGUGCGACGUCGACUCCAAUCCUCCGAGCACUCCGCGCUGGCAGAAGGACGAUGGUGACACGCCGGUGCCCCAAACGGGCGAUGGUUUCCUGAACUUCACGUCGAUACGGCGCGAACACUCCGGCUGGUACAAGUGCACAUCCCGCCACCUCAACUUCCAGUACUCGUCGAUUGGCUAUUACCUCAGUGUGCGAUACGAUUCUGUGGACGUGACCUCGGAGCCGGAUGAUCAGGAUGUUUCCGUGGCAGCUGCCUCGCACAAUCCCAACAAGGGGCAGCUGGAAGUGCAGCUGGGUGGCGCCGUAACGUUGCAGUGUCCGCAAGGCUCUCUGGGCUGCUGGUCCCACUUGGAUCCCAUUUCGGCCCGUCUCCGGGGCCUGGGCUACGGCAGCAGCCAGCCCACCGGCCAGUUCUCACUCAAGGACGUCAUGUACCAGGAUGCAGGCAUGUACAAGUGCGUUGGCCAAUCGCCGGCCAACAAGAAGAAGCUGGAGGUCCUGCAGAGUGUCACGGUGUCUGUGAAGGGUGCCCCCACAGCAGUAGCCUUGAAUGCCACCCCCAUUGCCUAUCCGGGAUCACCCCUACACCUCAACGUGGAGUUCUGCGCCAACCCGCCGGCCCAUGCUGCCCGCUGGUUGCACGGCGAUCGGGUCUUCACGCCCGGAAACCAAUACGGUGCCACUGUCCUGGCCUACGCGGUCAAGGAUCUACCCGUGCCCUUCUGCAAGGAGGCGCGACUCACCUACGUCAGCAUGCACGAACGGGUGCCAAGGACCUUCUACUUUAUUGUCUCCUCGCCAGGUGGCGUGGCCGAGGCGGUCUUCAAUGUCAACUUCACCAAGCGCCAUCGCCAGCUCUCCAACUCCAUCGACGACGACGACGAGGAGGAGGAGCUCCAUCGACCCGAGCAGAUCCACUUCCCCAUCUUCAACGGCAAGUCCUCUAGCGGGCGCAGCCGGUGGGCGGUGGUGCCGGCCCUUUUAAUGGUCCUUGGCCUAAUCAGCAGCCAUUAGGCUCGAAUGAGUGCGAGUGAGUGUGUCCUGAGAGUGAAUGAGCGAAUGAGAGUCCUUUUUGGAAGUGUGUGCCUACUGCGUUCUUUACACCAAAAAUGUUCUAUGUAACCAAACCCUAACUUGUAUGGAUCUACCCACUUACUCGACAUUACCGCGUGGACUAUGCCGCACGACUACUACUCUAUAUAGCUAUAUAUGUAUGUGUAUCUGUAACCGAUUUAGCCAAGUAUCAAAAAUUGCCCUAGGCUAAGAUCCCAGGCCCCCCUCAAAAUUAGGACUUUUCAGAAACUUUCCAAAACCAAAACAAGGAUAAAAACAUAGGAGGAAAGCACUCUCUAUCCCCAAAAACUAUUCGAAUAUUUUUACUAUAACCCCUAGCUGUAACUGUAACGGUAACUGUAACCUUAUCGCUGUAUGUCAAUGUGUAUGUGUGUGCGCUUAACUAAAAUGCCAAAAAAAAAA